AUGUCUUUACGAAAUAAAAAUAUUACAAAAAAAGCCCAUAUUGGUAAUAAAAAGGUUCGGCAUAACUGGAGUAUUCGUGAAAAACUUAUGAAACAAGAACUUCUAAAUUCCACAUCUUAUCUUUUAACUCUUAAUCGUGACCGACCAGCCCAGUAUCUACUUUUAGAAAGAAGGGCCAAACAAUUGGUUCAAAUUAAUGAAAUAAAGGAUGCAUAUCUUAACAUUAGAGAUGAUUUUAAGUUUUCUAAUG